AGAGAAGCGGGCGCGCUCCACGGGGAAGAGCAGGUUCGCGUGUGCGCGCAAGACAAACUAGAGUUUGAGUUACAUCAGUGACGGACGGCUGAGAGCAAUCAAAACUCGCCAAGUGUUUGUCCUCGACUAUCCUUGAAGCUUUUGAAGGUUUGUUGGCUGGAUUACAAAGGAAGCAGUGUUUUAUUCGUGGUUUAAAUCCUCGCUUUAGCUCGCCUCACAUAUUUUGACGUCGCGACGCGAUGUCUAAUAUAUUUUCACGCACUUGCUGGAACAGAUAAAUUGUGUGCACACUGUCGAGACUGAUUUAGGAACGACGCAGUAUCGACAUCUCAUUACAAAAGGUGCUAAAAACGAUGGAUCGCCUCGCCUCCAAAGCCUACCUUCCUUUACUUCUCAUUGUUUGCGUCCUUCCCGGAGCACUGACGCAGACCUCGGCCCCCAAGGGAUGCGGCUCUGAUGUAAGCUCUCUGUAUUACAACCUCUGUGACCUGAGCGCGACCUGGGGCGUCGUAGUGGAGUCAUUCGCCACCGCUGGUUUGGUGGCCGCCCUGGUCCUUCUGAUCGUGAUGCUGGCCAGCCUUCCCUUUGUGAAAGACAGAAAGUGGCGCAGCGCACUGGGGCUUCACGUGUUUUUCCUCAUCUUCACGUUCGGACUGUUCGCCCUCACGUUCGCCUUUAUCGUGGGGAGGAACUUCGCCACGUGCGCGUCCCGCCGUUUUCUGUUCGGCGUGCUGUUCGCCGGCUGCUUCUCCUGCCUUCUCAUGCAAGCCGUGAGGUUGAACAUCCUGGCCAGACGGAACUCGGCGCCCAGAGGGUGGGUUUGGUGCUUGGGUGCUCUCGGUCUUUGGCUGGUGGAAGUUAUCAUCAAUACUGAAUGGCUCAUCAUUACGAUUGUACGAUACCCUACUAACACCACAGGAGACCUGACUCCUGCGACAGCGGUUCCCUGUAACAUUGCCAACCAGGAUUUUGUCAUGGCUCUUAUAUAUGUGCUAAAUCUUCUGUUAGCGGUCGUGGUAGCAUCCAUACCGAUAUUUGCAGGUAAGCACAAGCGCUGGUUCAAGGACGGAGCCCUCAUACUGGUCCUGGGACUGUUGUCGGUGGGCAUCUGGGUGGCUUGGAUUGUCAUGUACGUGUAUGGAAACUCAAAGCAUGGUGGGCCAACGUGGGAUGACCCCACCUUGGCCAUAGCACUGGUGUCGAACGCAUGGGUGUUUCUGCUGCUUCACACCGUGCCGGCGGCGUGUAGCCUGAGUGGGGACGAUGAAGACACAGCCAAUGAGGAAGAUCUGUACCCUAGCAGGGGGUACGAAACUAUUCUGAAGGAACAAAGUGCACAGAGCAUAUAUGUGGAGAAUAAGGCUUUUUCUAUGGAUGAGCCCAACACAGGUAAUAAGCCUGUGUCCCCAUACAGUGGCUAUAAUGGUCAACUCCGAAGUUGUGUGUACCAGCCGACAGAGCUCGCCAUCAUCACCAAAGGACCAGGAAAUCAACAGGUGGAAUCAUAUGACAAAAUUCCACGAGCGUCUACAGGCACUCCCAUGCAAGACCAGAGCGGUCGCACCAGCCCCUCGGCACAUGUUGAUGAUAUGAGACAAAUAUACUCCAAUGUAUGAUGUGGUGGAAGAAGAAAUCAGAACUAAAAAAUCUCAGCUGGAAAUUUCUAUAGAAGACCCCAGUGAUCGGUUGACGCCAGCUUUUGUUUUUUUCCUUUCUGGUGUUUCUAAUUAAGGUUUCCUGAUUUCUUUCCAUCGCUGUGCUCGACUCCACGGAUCAACAGCCGUGAACUCAGAGUAGGGAAACAAUUUGUCGUUUUGCUCCGUUGAAAGACAUCAUGUUCGGAUUAUCUCAUGAUGAUCCAAAUGAACCGUUGGAGAUGUGACAAUGUGCGGUUUCCGUGUUGUUGGGACACAAAAAUGGUUAGCUGUGCAGAUACCGAUGAUUGUACAGAUACUGCAAUGCUACCGGCUGUGUUUACUGUGGAAAAAGCACAGACCAACAAAGAACUUUAAAAUAAACUCAAUCACCUUGUAUGGACCAAAUGCUGCUUUUGCCAUUUGUAUAUUGCAAACACUGGAGUUAGGUGUCAGGACACCUUAUGUAUAAGCCUUAAUUUGAAAAUAUAAAAUGAUAAUAAUGUACAAUCACAAUGACUUUGAUUAAGCACUCAUGUAAAAAAUGAUUUCAUCGUCCAUUCCUACUUUGUAUUUAUUGUCAGUGUAAAACAUUCAGUUGGUACUAUUCUCUGUACAGUAGAUAUGAUAGAUUUCAUCAUUAAACUGAGAAAUUCAACAUGAAAGAGCUCUAUGAACUCAUCUUGUAUAAUGUUCAUCAAAUCAAAAUAAAGCGCUCGAUGUA